ACAGGAAACCGACUCUGUAAAACCUCCUCCCCGGUGCGAUCCGCGUUCAUAUAAAACCGUUAUCUUUAAGAUGUCUGCUCCGCUGCUUCUCCGGGCUUUUGUGAACGAGCGACUGACCGCUGCUGUCGAGGAGAUAUUUCAGGUUUUUGAACGAACGAUAACAAAAUAUGAAGAAGACGCUUCCAGCUCAAAACAGGAGAUUGAGCGGCUCAGAGGUCUGCUGCAGGACCACAAAACAGACUUUUGUCAGUCGUUCACCUGUAAGGAGGAACCUCCCCCUGAGCAGCACCACUGUGAGCAGGAGCCGAGCCUCAGCGUCCCUCAGAGGGACCCAGAGCCUCGGCACAUCAAGGAGGAAGCUCAUGAACUCUGGGCCAGUCAGCUAGAAGAAGAACAAGAGUUUAAGGAUGCUGAUGCCUCAUGCCUACCUCAGUCAUCUGUCUGGGAGGACACUAAACAUCAGACUCAAACCAGUGAGACUGAGGAGCAACUUCAGGAGGAAACAAAAACUGUACAUUUUGUGCUACCUCUCGCCUCAACUCUGUCUUUACAAACUCUGAUCCAAGAUGGCAGAGAAAACGAAAGACCCGCUGCAAGUUUGAUGUCGAACCAAACGCAGACGGACCGGGGUCAGAGCUCCUUUAUCACAUCCAGAGAAUCCCUUGAUUUGUCUCACUCGAAUCUAUCUGCACCUGACUAUCGCUGCUUUUUGUGCGAAAAGUAUUUUUCCUCCAGCCAUCACUUGACAAACCACGCGUUCCGCAUGCAUUCGAAGGACGCAGGAGUCCUCUGUGCCGUGUGCGGCGCGACCCUGGAGUCCACCGAAAGCCUCAACGUGCACCUGAAUUCACACAAGGGCUCCAAAUGUUGCCACGUGUGCGGCAAACAGUGCAAAAGCAACACCGCUCUGACCGAACACAUGGCCGGCCACGCCGGGGUGAAACUGCAUCGCUGUGAUGUGUGCGGGAAAGAGUGCACCCGGAAGGGAGACUUAAAGAUCCACUUGAGGAUUCACACGGGCGAGAAGCCUUUCUGUUGCUCCUACUGUGACAAAAGUUUCACCCACAGCGGACAUCUGAGGAAGCACAUGAGGAGCCACACCGGAGAGAGGCCGCACCGGUGUGACGUCUGCGGCAGAGGGUUCCUACAGAGCGCACACCUGAAAUACCACUUAGGGACUCACGCUCAGAAAUACUGACUUUUUUAAAAUCCACUUGGACCGGAGUUUAUCAAAAAGGCCUUUGCUGACUGAGCACUGAGGGACUUUCUUUUCCCUACAGCAGUGUGUAAAAGAGACGUUCUCAGGGGAUCACAUGAUUGAUCUGACUGGAAUAGCCAAUCAGAGGCGAAAAUGAUUACAUACUUCAUCUGCCAUAAUGUUAUGUUUUUGUGUUAAAUCCUUGAUUUCCCCUUAAAAUGGCUGAAAUGGAAACAAAAUGGGAAACCAAACUGGAGUAAGGAGAAGUAAAAGGGAAAUGUUUCUUAUUUUUAUCUUUCACUGAAGCACAAAAAUAUGUUUUAUAAUCGUCCGUCUUCACUGUUAACAUCACGUGUUCUCAGUACCAACUAACAGGAAGAGUCACUAUUUCCAGUAACAACACUGUUAUCAACAUCAAGAGAACAAACGGUGUCUUUGUCAUUAAUAUCUAUUUCAUGUAACAGCGUUUGAAUGAUGUUGAAUCUGUGUGAUUUGUUGGUACUCGCUGAACACAGCUGAACCACUUUUAGUUAGUUAAGAGCCGAGCGUAGCAGGAUGCACGUAUUUAUUUAAUUCUAUAUUUAUUAAGCAACAUUUUAUGGAGCCGCCGUGCUGUUCCCUUCAGCAGCAGCUUCUCUCAUACAUAUUAAACAACUCUUUCACAGCUUGGUGUUGACGGACUCAGAUUCUAUUCUAUUCUUUUUCUAUUCACGGUGAAGCUUAAUUUAACAGUAUAUUGCUAAUAUAAUAAUAAUUUCCUAGGGAGUUUCUUGUAAACAACGACGCAUGAAAGGGAAACACUCACUGAUUGUUACUGCAAUAUGAAAAACAAAAAUAUUUAUUAGCUUCAAUAUCCACCAGAGUUUACUGUGACAAUUGUGCUUUAUUAUUUAUUCUAUUUUAGCUGACGUUUUUGUUUGCAAGUCACCCUGUUGAAGCCGUUAUUCACGCUGCAGAUGAGGCCACCUGUUUCCCUGACUGUGACUCUGAAAGUUAUGAAAUCUGGCUUCAUUCACAUCUGUGUUUAGAGCUGUUCGGAUCACCCACAAUGCAUUGUAGCGCUGAUAUAAGCCGACAAGAAUCUUUGCGGUGGUUACGCAACAUGAACUUCUGGGCUGAAACAACGUCUCGAAUGUGAUUGUUUACAGUCAUUGAGGACGAUGGAGCGUAUCCCUCCAGUAGAGGAUCAUCUGGAAACAAUGCAAACGUCUUUUAUCACAUAUUUUGAUGAAAUUCGACAAAUGUAUGCCUUCCACAUUUACAACAUGUUAAAGAGAUUAAAAUGCAAAAACCAACUGUACUGAACCUUUAAAGUAAAGAGUGAGAACAAACCUGAGGCUGGUUGAUUUACAUCUGGCAGAAGUUGUGAGUUUAAAUAAGAACAAUUAAUGGAGUUAAUGAGUCUUUUUGGCUGCUCAACCAUGAGAUGUGUAACAUUUUCUAAAAGUCCAGGUAAAACUUUACUUAAACAACGCUAUUCAGCAUUUAUAAGCACUAUAAAUAUUUAAUAAACUGUAAGACUUGAUGUAGUUAAGGGCAGCUAAAAGAAUUUUUUUUUUAUUAGUAUUUGUCACCAGUAAUAACUUCUCCAAUGAAGACACAUUUUAUAUUAUUACAACUGUGUUUUACUGUGUUAGCAUUCAUUACCUGUCUGUACACCAGCCUCUACUGAUGAAUGCUCACAGGAGGAGUUGUAGUUGUUGACAAAUAUGUUUGUUUGUGUUCUGAGAGGAAUAUAGUUCACCAGUAGGUGGUGCUGCAGGAGCCUUUAUUUAUCCAUCCAUGAGCAAGUCAGUGAAGGAUCACCAGAGUGACACCGUUUAUAGCUGUUUUUCUUACUUAAAAACUUUAAAAA